ACAACUAACUUGUGGCUUGUAACAUCUUUAGCAGAACGAAUUUCUCCCAGCUGUUUGAAUCUCGCUCCUCAUCCACCCAUACUAUUUUGCAAAAGUGAGCCAAUUUCUAAUAUCAUCAAAGUGACUUUUCAGUUUUCACUGAUUAUUUUCUUCUUGGAUAUUUUAUGCGACUGAGAUAGUCGAAGAUGAGUUGGCGCACAUGAGGGAAGGACUAUCUGGGUUGCUUGGAUGUCCUCGAGUUUUUCUUUCGCCUCAUCGGGAUGAUAGCCAUCACAUGUAAACAUUGAUGAUCCUGACUCAUCGCAGCUUCAGAGAGGGUCGGUGAGCACGUCUACAGUUCUUUAAUUGCCAGGAAGGAUUACACAUUGUCCUUGGUUGGUGGGUCGGUCAGUUCCAGACUGGCUGGACAGGGGGAUGGACGGUGCGCGCUGACCGCUAGAGCGGAGACGUACGGGAGGCCUGUAACUCGGGGAACGCUUCUCAGACUGACUGAGCAUGGCCUGGAAAAAUGUAAUGGGAUAUCAUUAACUCUGACCGAAUAAAUCAAGGUCUAAUCUAAGAGGACACCAAGAGGACACCAUGCCCAUUGCAGAAAUGAAACAAGCCCACAAUGCCAAGAGCACCCCUCUGGGAAUCCUGAACAAAGGUCCAGAGUUCUUCAGGCAGCAGGCACUACGGAACCAGAGACGUCAUGGGAAGACCGCAGCUGAACAACUGGCUGAGUCCCGCUCCCAGUUCUUGAAGUGGGACCCUGCUGCCCCUCACAAGCAGCUGAACGACAACAGCAACAAUCACAGCACCAACAGUCGACUUGAUAGUAAUAGAAGUAAUCUCAAACAGACUGGAGAUAGGACAGUAUCACCGUUGGCUCAUGAGGACAAAGUCAUUAGACAGGAGAGGAUUGAUGAGUUUGAGAAGCGGGAGGGCCGGAGAGGACGCGACAAGAACCGGGACAAUCGGAGAUCGAAGAAGCGCAUGAAAGACCGUGGUAAUGAUGUAAAUGGGAAUAGUAAUAAAACAAUAGCAUUUGAGAAGGCAUCGCUGGAUUCCCCUGAGCAUGAUAAGAAUUUGAAAGAAGCAGGAACUCCUAAAAUAAGUAGAAAUGGAGGAGAAACUAGUGGAACCACAGAUGAUGCAGAAUCCAGUUUCCAAAGUAGAAGGUCCAGAUCAGAAGCGAGGUCCCAGGCCUCCCCUCGACCUUCUGUGAAAGAUAUGGUCUCUAAGAUUGGAAGUGAGACUUCAAAUGAAAGGACAGUUGAUGAAACUCCUACCAGAUCACUGGAUCACUCGGGGAGACAGAGACCAAAGAGAAAUUUAAAUUUUAUGUCCAGUGAAUCAAGUGAAACAAGCCCAGUCUUACCACGUAAGGGGGAUUACUUCUCUCGCAACGCAAGACCUCCAGCAGUCAGGGGCAGGGAGCGUGUGAGAACUCCCAACGUAUCAAAGCCAAGAAGCAAGGUUGUGAAUCCAAAAUCCCCGACAGGAUCUCAUGUUCAAAAUGUCCUCAAUGUUCUUCAUCAGCAAACAAGUACUUCAUCUUCAUCCCAUGAUGAAACUCCAAGGAGAAACUUGAGGAAGUGUGGUGCAAGGGUUAGAGGAAAGUCAUGUCCACCAACAAGUCGAGCGACCCCCUCCCUGGCUGAUCUGCUGGCCAAGGAUGCAGAGGGAAGUAGACCUCGAAGUAAGGACUUGAACGACUUGGACCUUCUCACCAGCACAGAGAGUGAUGAUUCAAACAUUGUCAAAGCUAGGAUCAGAUCUUUCCAAUCACCGGCAUUCUCCAAAAAGCAAUCUUUAGUGAAGACCAUAUCAAAGAAAUUAUCCAACGCAACUUCUGAUGAACAAAUGCCAUCCGUUGGUGGCAGUAGUAAUCAUUCAUUAUCAAAAGGGAAAUAUCCAGUUGAACGCCAAGUAUGCACCACAACUCCUUUAAAUCAUUCGCCUGUUAAACCGCCCAGGGGGAUUGAAGGAAAAGCAUCACCAAAAGGAAGGUCUGCAAUAGUCCCUGAUCCAUCAGAUAUUUAUUCCUUACCUCAUAAGCCAAGUAAUCUACGUGCAACUAGAACUCCCAAAAUGCAAUCGUCAACAUCAGAUGCUAGCCAUUGUUCUUCAUCAAGUGACAAAGAUGUGGAAACUCCAGUCUUACAUCCCAGACUUAUUUUUGAUGAAGACACAAAACCAUUCUCAAAGAAACCAUUGCGGAAGUCCAAGUCUGCAGACGUUGGUCUUAAGAGUAAGGCAGAAACAUCAAGGUUAUUGGUCAAGUCAUCAAGUUCUGGUAAACCUGCACUUCCAAAGAAACCAGAUUUGUCCAUAAUCGUCAAACGCACAAGGUUGUCAUACCAUCUGUAUGAAGAAGUAACUGAUCCUAAUCCGGAGCCGAUUCAGGAGACUGCUGUUGAUCCAAAGGACAAUGUCUUUGAGAAUCCAGCGCACUUCAGUGACCCAGAAGAAUCCUUUGAGAUUGUCCAACAUGUGAUUAACCCUGCCCAGCCUUCCUUAUCCACCAAACCUGAUAAUGUAGCCAUUGUGGCCGAAGACAGGGAAGAAGGGAAGGAUGAUCCUAAACAGGCCUCGAUGUUCUCUUCAUUAAGUAGCCACAUGAAGAGGUUAAAAGGUAUGCUCUUACGGGAAAAGGACCCGCAGGUUAUCCCAAGAGAACAAGAGCAACUCAAUGAGGAGCAGCAAGAUUCUGAAGGGAACACCGAACAGAUUUUGCCAGAUGAACAGUCAGGACUUUUCGCUAAAAAUAGCAAAAAGAUGAAUUACCAAAGUCCUACACAGAGAAAGCUAGCAGCUCAGUUGGGGUUAGAGUGCAAGGAAAGAGUUGGCGAAUUAAAAUGUAAUGGUUUAAAAGAAAAAAAUGAUGAAGACACACCCUUGAAUUCUUCUGGAGAAUUGGGAGUAAAGAGUGAAAAAAGUAAUGAUAGUGAGAGCAAGAAUGUUAAAUUAAUGCUACCUGUACACUCCAAGUCUUUCAGCUGGGAUGACUUGAAAAGGAAGCGAAAGUUGAAGACAUCUCUGUCUGAUAAUACCUCCCUGGCUACAUCAAUGAGUGAUGACAAACCAACAAAGGGCAAGUCUGAAGGACAAGUAACUUUGAGCCACGCACCUUUCCAGAUGCCCCAUGAGAAACAAAAGCAGGAUUUAAGUAAGAAACUUGAGCAGUUCUUGAAGAAGAGCAAGGCGUAUGACAGUCCGGGGAGCUCUCCAACCAAAGGUUCUUGUGAAUCAGGGAAACUGAAAAAGAAAGUGAGUUUUGAUGACAGUGCAUUAGCAGAGGCAACAGAAAAGACGUCAGAAAAGAAACCCUUGAUUAGGAAGGUUUCAAUUACACCUUUGAAUCAGAAUUAUGAUGAAGUGGAAUACAAUAAGGACUUGAAGAAAGAUUUAGUGGAAGAGACCAUCAUCAUCGACAGUUCCAAUUCCAUUCGAUUAGCUUCACCCAGGUCAAAGCAUAAUUCAUCUUCACUAUCAGGCACCAGAGCUGUGCAAAAGGACAAGAUUCCAAACAUCAUUGAAGACUCCUGUGGAGAUGCAGCGCUCAAGGCAGAAGGUGGCAAAGAGUUGACCAAAACUGAAGAGGUUGAGAUGUUAGUUGAAUUGUAUGAUGAUCCAGGACCAGAGCCAUCUCUUGAAAAGUCCUUGGAUAAGGAACCAUCUUCAGAUGACAAUCGAGGUGGUGCCAGCAGACAUUGCCCAAAGACUUCCAAGCUUGUGGACUUCAGGAAAGCUUCUGUGAGUACAGACCUGGACACAUCUCCAACCCAUGAUUACAAAGGUGUACCUCAUGAGGGUCAUUCUGAAGUGAAGCACAGAAGUGGCACAUCCUCUUCGGGUAAUGCAAGAAUGAAAGGAGAAUAUGACACAUCAUCAAGGUCCGAUGACUGUGGGUUAGGAGCGACCAGAGGAAGGGUUAAACAUUUAAAACCCUACAACGCAAGACCAUUCCGUAACAAGAACUUCAGCAGUGAUGAAGAUGUUAUACCCGAGGAAUACACGCGGAAGUCCUUCUGGCAGACAAAAGCCCAACUAGACAUACAAGUACCGAACAGUAAACUAAAGACUGGUCGAGCCAUUGAACAACGUCUUGAGAGCUACGAAUCUUCAGGGGAUGGGGAUGCCUCUAUGGAAUCGUCCAGCAUGCGUCGUUCCAAAUCAGAACCAAGUAAUGCCACAUCUGCCCAUGAACUUGAUCAGUUCUUUGACAGGAUGGGUCUGGAUGACAGCAUCCUGAAGGUGGUCGGUAAACCACACAUCUACGACGAAGAAGAGGUCUUCCACGAAAUGCACGUAUGGAGGACGCGAGGACACCGGGGAUCAGAGAGCGAUGACUCCAACACCUCCUAUGCCAUGUCAGAGACGAGCAAUGUCAGCGAGGAAGGGGUGAUGAACUUGAGGAAGUUCACCAAGCAGCUCCCAGACCAGUCUAUGUCCAUUGUCACCAAGAAUGCAAGGGUCAUCAAGUGGAUGUGCCAGUGCAAGAAAGCUAGGAACCAAAGCAUAUCAUGACAUCCGCUGGCUGCUUCAUAACCCUACACAUACCUAUGCAAUGGACCCGACAUGAAUGCCUGCCAGCCGGCCGACACCAGCACCCAAGUCUGUGUUCAGAUGAUGGAAACUGAUCGAUGCAGGGGUGGGGAGGGGUACGACAGAAAUCAGUCCUUCAACCCACUAAAAGAACAGUGACCUCCUGUAUUCCUAGAGCAGUUGUACGUCAAGAGCACCCAAGUCUCUGUUCAGAUGAAGGAAAGCAGUGAAAAAAAUACUCGGGGGGCUCGGGCAAAUUAGCCCCCAAAAUGCAAAAAAAAGUCCCCGAACGUCAUAAAAAAAGCCCUAAAAAAUUUG